GUCAAAAGAACUACCCCGGCCAACAGGUUGAUUCUUGACUGGCUAUUUUGUUUAAAACAUAUCUUGAACGAUGGAACAAGAUUAUCAGAUCUUCAAGCUGGGAGACUGGGAGCUCCAGAGUGGAGAGAAGAUCCCAGACGCCCAUCUGGCAUACAAGACCUUUGGCGACCCCAAGUCCCCUGCCAUCGUCUAUCCCACCUGGUUCUCGGGAGCCAUCGCGGACAAUGUCUGGCUGGUCGGCAAAGACAAAGCUUUGAACCCCAGGGAGUUCUUCAUCAUCAUCACCGCCCUCUUCGGAAACGGACAGUCGUCGUCACCGUCGAACCAGAAGCAGAUCGAGUCCGAACCCGUGCCGUUUCCCAAGUGUUCCUUCUACGACAACGUUCGGGCGCAGUAUACCCUUGUGACGCAGCAUCUGGGCAUCACACACCUGCGGGCAGUGAUCGGGUGGUCGAUGGGAGCCGCGCAGACGUUCCAGUGGGCGACUCAGUACCCGGAUUUCAUGGAUCUGGCGAUCCCCUUCUGCGGCUCUGCCAAGACCUCGGUGCACAACCAGGUCUUUCUUGAGGGAGUGAAAAGUGCCCUGCUGGCUGCUAAGAAGACUGUUUCUGCUGGCUCGGGACUGAUCGGUCUUUCCAAGACCGGCGAGACGGUCAGGGUCUGGUCGGCGGAAGAGAAGGAACUCGGCCUGAAAGCUUUUGGAAGAGCGUAUGCUGGAUGGGGGUUCAGUCAAGCGUUCUAUCGGGAGAAACUCUACGAGACGGUCUUGGGAUACAAAGACCUGGAAGACUUUAUGCAGAACUUCUGGGAAAAAUGGGCUUGCUCGAAGGAGCCGGAAAACCUUCUUGUCAUGCUCCAGACCUGGCAAAAUGGAGAUGUUUCGCUGCAGGGACCAUACAAUGGGGACUUUGAAAAGGCGAUCGCUUCCAUCACGGCCAAGACGCUGGUUCUACCGUGCAAGACAGACCUCUAUUUCCCGUAAAUACCCACAUUCUGCUAUCGCCAUUCCGACAUAGUGAUACUAAUCGUUUCUAGCCCUGAGGAUUCUGAAUAUGAGGUCAAAUGUAUGCAGCCGGGUAUCGGAACGCUGAACGCCUUUCCUUCUAUCUGGGGCCGUAAGCAGAUUGUCUUCUAAGAGAUCCUGGAGAUCACCCGAGCUAAUAGUAUUAUUCAUUGCAGACUGGGCUGGAGGCCCUGGAGACAACAAGGACGAUGUCGAAUGGCUCGAUAAGCAGAUCGCCGCAUUCUUCCGCGACAACGCAGAUCGGGGUGCAGGGGCAGAAGAUGCUGUCGAAAAGAGCCUAG